CUCUUUGCCGUCGCUCGAUUUGGAUCCAACUUCAGUCUCACUAAAGAGGAAGAAAAACUGAUCGAACCAGUUCUCAAACCUUACUAUGAGAUGAUGAUUCUCACGAACGACUAUUUCUCGUGGGAAACGGAGUAUACGACUUUCCUCCGGUCCAACGAGAAGGUCGUUGUGAGAAACGCUGUUCCCCUGUUCAUGGAAUGGUAUACAAUGUCUUCUCAAGAAGCAAAAGUCGCUCUCAAAGAGAAAAUCCAAUCCCUUGAGAACGACUAUUGCUCACUCAAAGCUGAGUUCUUUUCCCAGUACCAGAUUCCAGGUUCUUCGCCUGCUAUCAUGCGGUGGUUUGAGAUCCUGGAAGGCGUACUUGCAGGCAACAUAUUUUGGAGCAAAACAUGUCCUCGAUAUAACACGGCAUUUGGGAGUGAGUACAAACAGUACCUGGCUCAGAGAAUUAACGAAGGUGCCUAUUUCUUCAAUAGUUCGACAGAAUCCUCCGCAAUCAUCAGCAAUGAUAUCUUAAAGAUAUCGAAGCUGAAUCUUAGCGGACAAGUCGUGACCGAUAGCGAGGGCGGAAUCGGCUCUAUGGGUCGAAUGAAAGCGUCCUUGUUUACCUGUGAACGGCUCCCGCCGUUGGACCAAAGCGUCAUUGAGUAUCCAUCGAGAUACAUUGCAUCGCUGCCUUCCAACGAAAUUUGGCACACGUUUAUCGACGCUUUGAAUACAUGGUACCAGGUACCACAGCACCACUUGACUAUCAUUCGGACAGUCAUUACACAGCUACACAGCUCCUCACUUAUGCUAGACGAUAUUCAAGAUCACUCCCCACUCCGUGGUGGUAACCCAGCCGCCCACAGAGUUUAUGGUAUCGGCCAAACCGUCAACUCUGCUUACUUCCAGUGCGCCGAUGCACUAAGACAGAUACAGAAGAUAUCAUCUGACGCUGUCUUGGUGUUCACUGAGGAACUCAUGGCGUUGCAAAUAGGUCAGGGAGCCGACAUGUAUUGGACAUAUCAUUCAAUCACGCCGACUGAAGAAGAAUACCUUCAAACGGUUGACUCUAAAACGACUGCCUUGUUUCGUAUGGCUAGUCGCUUGUUGCAAGGUCAGGCAACCAUGAAUAGAUGCAUGGAUAUGGAGGGGUUUUUGACUCUAUUUGGACGGUAUAUCCAGAUCCGGAAGGAUUACCAGAAUCUCGAGUCCUCUAAGAACACCAAGAAUCAAGGCUUCUGCUCCGAUUUCGAUGGAGGAAAAUACUCUCUCCCUCUCAUUCAUGCUUCAAAGCAUGGCAGCCCAGAGAUCAAUGCAAUCCUGCAACAGCGGAAGCGAACAGAGAGUCUGACAACCGAUCUUAAGAUCGUUCUGUUAAGCGAGCUGAAGGCAAAGGGUAGUUUAGCGUACACGCUUCAAGUACUCCAGAACCUCGAGCGGGCUAUCAAAGAUGAACUCCAAUCUCUAGAAAGCGAGGCCGAAAUCAAGAACUGGCUACUAUGGAGAAUCUUGCAGCAGAUGAGCCUGGAUAACCACCUCGGCUGA